AUGAGUCCCGUUGUAGCCUCGAAUCCCCGCGGAAAUCCUGAGAAUUCUCCCUUGAGACCUCCAGAUGAGGCUCUGAGCUUUCAUCGACACUAUGAUCCACAAGCAACGCUUUUGCUCGUAGGGUUCUUCGGUGCCGGCAAGAAAACCCUGGGUAUCAUAGCAUCAGUCGCCUUGAGGCGACGCUUUAUAGACUUCGACUUCUAUUUUAAGCAAGAAGUUCAGUCCUCACCACAAGAAUUCAUUGCUCGCCGCGGACUGGCCCAAUAUCGCGAGAUCGAGCUCAAGAUAUCGCGGGAUCUUCUCACUAAAUAUGAUAGAAACUGUGUCAUAGUUGGCCUCGGAGGAUUUGCCAGCCGCCCUCAGCAGACGCUUCUGGCCGAGUUUGCUCAACAUCAUCCAGUUGUCUAUGUGAGGCGAGAUGAACAAGACCUGCGGCAAUUUGUCACCACCAGCCCCGAGAAAUUCGAUCGAAUAUUCGAAUUGGGCAACGAGUUUUUCGAGUCGUGCUCCAACUUUGACUUCUUCAAUCUCACUCAAGGACAGCCUGAUCAGGCGCUGCCCGCGUACCUCAAACUCAAGGAAACGGAGCGUCUAGUCGUGGCAUUUCUGCGUCGGAUAUUUGGAAGCUUCCUCCCUCAGACAUUCUCUGCAGACCUGCUCUCUCCGGCACAUACCUUUUCCUUGCAGGUUCCUCUAGCCUGGCUUGAUGAGAUAAGUCCAGACUUGGGCUUACUAGAGACUGGUGCCGAUGCUAUCGCCCUAUUAAUAACGCCCUCCGACAUACAUUCGACUCGACUAGCAUCUAGGCUUUCUCAGCAUAUAGCAACUUUGCGGAAGCAUUCCCGGGUUGCAAUAAUCAUCGACAUGGCGGCAAUCACUUCCAAGUCGCUGGAUUCCAGGACCCAUGAGAAGAUACUGGAAACGAUUGUCCGCCUUGCUCCUGACAUCCUUAUUAUACCGCUCGACUUCAAUACCGAAAUUCUGGAAAAGCUGAACUGCUCGAAGGGAUUUACAAAAGUCAUUGCUUAUUUCCACGAAAAAGCCCCAGUGGGAUCGCAACGAAAUUCUCUCACACCUUUGAUUCUCCGUGAACGGACGCGAUCAUUACGAGUAGAUGCAAUUCGCAUCACUGGAGAAUCUGAAUACCCAGAAGAUAAUCUUCAAUGUGUUCCAUUUUUUAAAGAAGCGGUCGCCAUCAUGGAUGUUCCUGUCGUUGCAUAUAACACAGGACCCGUCGGCCGAUCCUCGAUCUGCUUGAACCCUACUUUGUCACCAGUAGUCCUGCCAUCUAUGCAGCCUGAUGGACUCACCGUGCAGCAAGCACAGCAGGCAAUGACAGCAUUUUUUCUUCUGCCCAAAAAAAAGUUCACCAUCUUUGGACAGAGUGUGAAGUACAGUCUUUCGCCAGAAAUGCAUCACGCAGCGUAUGAAUAUUGUGGACUACCACAUACCUACGACACCUUCCAGGCCGAUAAUAUUUCCGCGAUUCAUGGGGUUUUGAAUGAUGCAGACCGUGGUGGUGUUACCAUCUCUCUUCCUUUUAAAUCUGCAAUCCUGCCUUUCAUUGAUGUGAUCACCCCGGAUGCAGACGAUAUGCAGGCUGUGAAUACAGUUGUAAUAGAGCAAAAAACUCAGUCUGAUGGGUCACGGGUCACCAUACGGAAGGGUUAUAACACAGAUCACAUCGGAAUUAGAGAUUGCAUCGAUAAACAUCUCUCUCCAGCCAACGCAGUGCGGGAUGGAACCACAGCCCUGAUCGUAGGCGCUGGAGGGAUGGCCCGCGCAGCGAUCUAUGCUUGUUACGAGCUCGGCGUUCAACGCAUUUUCAUUUAUAACCGCACACCCGAAAAUGCGCAAAAGCUCGCAGAUUAUUGGAACAAGUGGGCUCAUUCCAAGCCUGGUGUCAAUUUACAAGUUGAUAUCCUCCGGUCAGCGGAUUCCUGGCCUGCAGAUCUUCGUCUGCCAACCAUUGUCGUGCCCUGCAUUCCACCCUUCCAAAUCGGUAGUGAACACCCGGUGGUAUUCCAAAUUCCAGAUCAAUGGCUUGAGAGCCGGACAGGUGGAGUCUUUGUCGAGGUUGCUUAUGGCCCUUUCAAAACGGAUUUAAUGAAGCAGAUGCUCCCUCGUGCAUCGAAAGGCUGGGUCGUCGUGAGUGGGCUGUUGGUUCUUGUUGAACAAGGUAUCGCCCAGUAUGAAAUAUUUACGAAGCGGCCUGCACCCGUUCAUGUUAUGCAGCGUGUUAUCCGGGAACAAUCCAUCAAAUAUGGAUUUGUUCAUCAAUGA